UGGUAGGUGGGUGGUGUGAGGUGAAAUUGAGAGAAGAACAUAGCUUUCGACAGCCUGUGUGGCGUGCCUGCCCCGUUGGUGGAUUUUGGAUUUUGGAUUUUGGAUUUCGGAUUUCGGAUAGCGCGACCUCCAUGCUGCUAGCGGUGUGGAGAUCCGAUUGGGCGACGGUUCACAGGCUUUCGCGAGAAGCCCAAUUCCCUCCGACUUGUCGGGUGGGUGGGGGGAGUCGCUCCGCUCACAGACCUCCACCCUUCGCAUCCCUUGCCAGGAGCGUGGCAGUGCAAGGGGGGGGCCACAGAGGGAGGCAGGUGUCAGGGAGGAGUAGGAGUGAGAGGGAGGAGGAGAAGGAGGAGGAGGAGGAGGAGGAGAAGGAGGAGGAGGAGGAGCGGCAUGGGCGGAGGGAAGCAGUACACGGCGGCGGCGGCGAUGGCAGCGGUAAUGCCCGUUGCUUGAUUGGAGCACACCACGAAAGGAACGCAGCGCGGUGUGCGAGGAAGGGAGAGGAAGGGAGACAGUGCCCAGCUCGGAGCAAGAGGGGAGGGAGAGUUGUGUCUGGACAAAAAAGUGUGUGAAGAGGAAGAAAGAGAGCGAGAGUGGGAGAGAGGGUGAGAGACCAAAAGGUCUAGCUACGGACCUUGGGUAUGGUGUGACGACGAGGACAGCAAGGGCGAUUCUACUAUUGGCAUCGUGGCAAGCCGAGGGACAGGUAUCAAUAAAAGCAGACCAACGCA